GUUGGAGAGAAAUACUAGUUUGAACUAUUGUUCAACUAUGAAUGUAUAAAAAAUUAACUGAUGCCAGAUCCAAGAAUGGUAACCAAAAUACAAAUCAGUGUCUGUUAGAACUCUCGUUCAUGAACUCCCUGAAUCUUUUCUUCAUACAUGUAUGAUGAUUCCAUUCCUUCCCUCCUUCCUGUUUCUGUCUUCAAUCAAGAUGCCUUACCUAAUAGAAUCCAUAAUCUUGUAGACUGAGGAAUCAGGAAAAGGAUUAUCAGCUAACCAAAGGAUCUCAAAAUGAAGAUAAAGCUGGUUGCCUCCUUCCUUCCCACGAAGAUCCCAAUUGAAACCCUAGGAGGUGCGGUACUCCCCAAGCCAAUUUGGAGUGCACCAAAAGAUUCUGCUUGGAUUAGCACAUCCUAGAUUCUGCAAUGCCCUUCCUUCAGUGAGAGUGUACCCUUGCUUAGAUCAUCCAAGUCAUUAAUUCAUGAUCUGUAUCAUACAUUACAUACAUAUGAUUCAUGUAGGUAGAAAACCAUGUCAACACCCCCAAGUUUCUUCCUUUCCAUCGGUAAAUGUCAUCCAUCUUGAUGACCAGAGAUGGAAUUUCUUUGUUUUGUGAGGGGCUAAUUCCUGGUUUGAAUUCUCACCAUGAGCUCUCUGUAUUUUAUCCUAUUCUAUGUGAAACAAAAAUUGAUCUCAAAU